AUGGAUCCCUCGGCAGGUGAUUCUCCUGCCGCUCCUCACCAGCCGCCCUACACAUACACGGCAAACCAGGGCUACGAGCAGACCGAGGAAAUUCCCCGCGAACUGCAAACCCAGAAAGACGACGGCGCUGUGCUUGAGAACCAGGACGACGAAAAUGACCUGGACGAUAUCUUUGACGACCAAGACUACGACGAUGAAGAGUGGGGUGCUGAUGGCGGAGACUUGACAAAAUCCUACAACCGCCAGCGCAACGCGAACGACGGCGCCGUUCUCCCUCGCUCAAACCAGCAGAAACCCACUGCAAACACUUUCCACAGCGUCGACGACCAAGUUUCAGCUCUGUCCAAGCACGCCGCCAAGAUCCGUCUCGACUCUGUCAAGCAGGAUGCCGAGAAGGAUAAGGACAAGGCGGACCGCGCCACCAGCGAGCAGGUUCUGGAUCAGCGUACUCGUAUGAUUCUUCUGCAGAUGAUUAACCGUGGCUUUGUCAGUGAGGUUCACGGUGCCAUCAGCACUGGUAAGGAGGCCAACGUCUACGGCGCCGUGCUGGUGGACGAUAGUACUGGCGAGGCGACCCACAGGGCUAUCAAGGUCUACAAGACAGCUAUUCUGGUCUUCAAGGACAGAGAGCGUUACAUCACCGGCGAGCACCGUUUCAAGGGUGGCUUUGACAAGGGAAAUAACCGCAAGAUGGUUAAGCUCUGGGCAGAGAAGGAAUUCCGUAACCUGCGAAGGAUCUACAACGCCAAUAUUCCUUGUCCAGAGCCUAUCAGCCUUAAGCUUCACGUUCUCGUCAUGGGCUUCCUUGGUGACCGCAAGGGAUGGGCCUACCCUCGCCUCCGCGAUGCUACUCUGACAGGAGACGAUGUAGAUCACCAAUGGUACAAGCUUUAUGUUCAGCUCCUGGGCAUCAUGCGCCGUAUCUACCAGGUCUGUCGUCUUGUCCACGCCGAUCUGAGUGAGUACAACAUUCUCUAUCACAAUGAGAAGCUCUACAUUAUCGACGUGUCACAAAGUGUGGAGCCUGACCACCCUCGGUCGCUUGAGUUCCUGCGAAUGGAUAUCAAGAACGUCGGCGAUUUCUUCCGCCGAAAGGGUGUUGAUACACUAGCCGACCGCGCUAUCUUCAACUUCAUCACAACGCCCCAGGGUCCUGUGGAGGAGCCAGAGAUGGGCAAGGCGAUCGAAGUUCUCUAUGAGACUCGGGGCGAUGUUACAAAUGAGGACAAUGCUGCUCAACAAGAGGUCGACAACGAGGUGUUCAGAAACCAAUACAUUCCUCAGACAUUAGAGCAGGUUUACGACAUUGAGAAGGAUGCUCAAAAGGUCGGACAAGGUGAGGGUAAUGACCUCGUAUACAGCAACCUAUUGCCAGACCAGGUAAUUGCUGGUAAGAAAACCAAUGGUGAUGACGUUGAUGCCGGUGAUGAGGACGGUUCCACAUCUGAUUCUGACGAUGACGGCGCCUCUCUCUCCGGUGACGACUCGCACAACGAGGCCGAUUUCGAAAAGGGCACUCCUCGUGGCCGCCGCUUCGAAGACAAGGACGAGAAGAAGGCACACAAACAAGCCGUCAAGGAAGCCAAGCGCGAGAAGCGCAAGGACAAGAUGCCCAAGCACCUCAAGAAGAAAAUAGUCGCCAGCUCCUCCCGCCGUAAGAAGUAA